AUGAAAUUUCUUGCAGGUCAAGAUAAGAUCGAGUUGAAUAAAAUCAUCAAACAAAUGGAGUACGAGCGAGACUCCUUGGGCGAGGAGAAACGAGAGCUAGAACAGGAGAAGAACAGCAUACGAAAUGAACUUAUUAAGGCCGAACAAGAUAAGAUCGAUCUAGAUACAGAACGUUCUACCUCUGAUCAAAAACUCAGUAUUACCGAAUUAGGCAAAGAAAAGAUCGAGCAGGAACUGAUCGUAGCUUCUCGUGAACGCUCGGAACUUAACGAGGCAUUGAACCAAGCUUUACGUGAGAAGUCUACAAUUUCCGACGAUUUGAAUCAAACCCGACGUGAACUUGAGCGCCAGAGUAAUAACGUAGGUGGGUAUUGGUAUGGUCUAAUUUUUAACCAGAUUUGGCACUCGAGUAUUGUGUACCGAAACACGGUAAAAUACAUGCACAUUACUAUGUGUUAGUGAUUGAGUGUAUUGCACAAUAAUUUCCUUCCAUCUCUUUCAAUACAUCCUUCCCUAAUAGAACACCAUCGAAAUUGAUAAAAUUCUCCCAGUUUCAAAUGUUUUUUUCAAACUAUAAUUUUUUCAUUUUGUAGUGAGAUUAGCUAAAGAGAAAGAAGAGCUUACCCGGGAACGAUCCAGUCUGACUGUUCAGGUUACAAGCGGUGAACGGGAGAACCGUGUACUGGCUGAAAAUAUGGCUAGUUUGAAGAGCGACAAGGAAUCCCUCGAGACUGCACUGUAUGAAACCCAACAGACCUUUGCAAAACUGGAAUCACGCAAGGAAGCCUUGGAGGCUGAGAACCAGGAAAUAACAUUGGCGAAAGAAGCUCUCACGGUGGACUUGUGUCGCGUGAAGAAAGAACAGGAAAUUGGACAGACGAAAAUGAGACGGGAACAAGACAUGGCCGAGCAAAAAUUGGGAACCACUCUCAAUGAACAUGGCUUGCAACUGAAAAAGGUAAGAAAUGUUUUCGAAAUGCGGUUCUGAAUGAAUUUACAAUUUCCUUCACUUCAGGGACGGCUGUAUGUAUUGAAGGUUCCUGCUUUAUGAAGUCUAUUUUUUGCAUGCACAUUAAAAGUACUUGAUCAAAGUUUGCGGCUGUGUAAACGCAUUUCAAAAGUCCUAUAUCCAUGAUGUUUAACAUAUUUGUAACCACAGGAACUUGUACACUGUGAAGUUUGCAGGCCUCUUUCAGUGUAUAACUUAUAAGAACAUAUGUUUUCCCCUCACCACUAACGUCUGCGAUCCCUUUUAAUGCAUUCCUGUAUGUGCCGGGUGAAAAUUUUUCCCUUUCAAACAAGUUGUAAUUGCUUCACUUUGCCAUACUCGAUUUGUCGUGUGAAAUGACUCCAAUCGAUGAAUGUUCUGCAUAUUCAAUCAUUGUAUUGUAUUUCACGAUUUUGAUAUCUUUAUAUUUUUAAGGCGGAAGAACGACUUGAUGAGGAAAGAUCUCAAAUGAAGCGAGAGAAAGAAAAUAUAAUUACUCAAUUGCAGCAAGAAAAGGAAGCAGUUUUGAAACGCUCUAAUGAGGAAAAGGACGAACUUGCAUCGAAACUUGAACGCGAGCGAGCAAACUUGGUGAACGAGAUUUCUUUGAUUCAAAAAGAACGAGACGAGCAACUGCUCAUGGCGGAAAACGAGAAACAGGAAGAACUUCAUUUAGCAGCGAAUGAGAAAUCGGCGUUAUUUGAGAAACUAAAGGGUCAUGAGGAGAGUUUAGCUGCAAGUAAUAUCGAGAAUGAUAGACUUAAACGAGAGUCAUUCACCCGAACCGAACAAGAUAAGGUAUGAACGGUUUACAUACUCCUUGGGCGCCGUAAUUAACAACAGUACUACUACUGUAGCCUUGCCGUAAUGAGACGAAGAUGAUAAUUGUUAAUGGAAUUAGUUCAGGCAGAAUAAAGAGAGAUCAAGUUAAAAUUGUCGAAUUUCUUCAUCUUUCUAUUCCUUCAAAUGUUGUUAAUAUGUUUGUUUUGCUUGUAUAAGCUGUAAUAGCUCAGAGAACAAUCCGGCGAUCCACAUGGUGAUUGAACCCGUAACUUCCAGAGCAGCGUUGAUUCGCUGAAGUAAUUUCGGGAAUUGAAGCCAGUCCUAGGGAGAUUAGGUGAUAGUUUCAUUCCUUCAAUGGCUCUCCCCUGCACCAUGUUCUGCUUUAUCUACCAUAUAUGACUUGUAGGUCACGUUUCCUUGUAGGACACCAUUUAAAGUUCCGAUCAAUUUCUUUAUAGCACACGAUAGGAACGCUCCAACAAGAACUGAAAAAUGUAAAGAGCAAAUAUGAAGAUUCCAAGUAAGUUAAUAGUUUAAGAAAUCCUCAAAGAAGAGUCUGGUGGGGAGAUAUCUAUUGCAUGACACUCCUACCUGAUUAACAUGGCUGUCUGGAGGCAAUCGCUGGUUUUAAUGGUAGCAUGCAUGCACUGCUGCGGGUCUUCCUUUGACGCAGUGACAUGAUAUCAGAGUAUUUCAUACAUAUACAUCUCCUGGUAUUAUGUUCUUUUCAUUUGUAAAAAACCAUCAGUCCACUUCACAUAUUGAGAACUUCUUGUGAACUCGAAGUCUUGUGAACUCGUGUACAAAAUAAACAAGUCUGUUGUUGUAUCUUUGCGCGUGAAUUAGCGUGAAUAAAAUAAAGAACCUUCGGUGUUCAGUUCGACACAUUCGUGUAGUUGCCUAACAGGCGAUGCUAUUACCACGAAUUAGCGUUACCGAAACACCCUGGCCUCCUCAGCCACCUUCUCCAUGGAUUACCAGGAGUGUUCUUUAUUUUUUUUUAAAUAUUCUUUUCUCAUAUAGUAAAGUCAACACGGCGGAGAAAAACAACCUGAAGACCCAUGUCCAAGACUUGACGAAAGCCAAAGAAAACAAUGUUCGUGAGAUUGGUGAACUGAAGCUCCAAUUAAAACUAGUGGAGGAAACACGUGACAACAUCCGUCGGGAGCUCAUCGACUCUCAACGGAAGAUCCGAGAAGGCGACGAAGCGCGCGAAGUUUUCCGCAAAGAGUUGAUAGAUAUAAAACGACAAUUGAAAGACAGUGACCGUGAGAAAGAUGCCGUUCAAACAACAGCCAAUGAGCUGCGAGGUUAGAUUGUGUAUAUAUAAUUAUUGUAGUUCUACAACAUUACAUCUUCCUAUGAUUUUGAAAUGAGAAAUGUCCCAAAAUGGCGACGUCACGAAAACUUUGGUGCACUGUCUUGGUAGAUUAGACACAAAACAAUAGACAUCCCACACAUAAAUUCUUAACAUUUUAGAUUAGAAUAGGAUUAAGAUUAAGCACUUACAGUAUGUUCUGCUGUGAGCCUAAAUGCCCUAAAGUAGAACUGUUAGAAAAAGUGUUAGGAGUGGGUUAGGAUUCGGGCUAAGAACAAGGAUUAAAGGAUUAAAGACUUAAGUGUAAAGGUAAGAGGUCACUGUACUUAAAUUGUGGUUGUUAAUAUGAAAAUUGAGCCGAUAAUUUGCUCUGAUCUAGGUAAAGUGAAGAAAUCUGAAGCCGAAAAGACAAACAUUCGUAGAAAACUUGAAGAAACCGUUCAGAAAAUGAACACGUUAGACGAAGCAAAGAAUGCUCUUCAGAAGGAAGUUGGUGAUUUACGGAGCAGCUUGAGAGAGGUCGAGAAAGCAAGAUUGGAAUCCAGAAGAGAACUACAGCAAGUUCACAACCAGGUUAGUGACUGAAAACACCGAGGAAUAAACCUUUUGUCUGUUUUGCUUGUGCAAGAAAAAUCCCACACGAGCUGCGAACCUCUGCCAGUUGAGAGAUAAUGCAUGAAACCUAUAAUGAUAAGUAAAUUCGAGUAUUUAAACAGGGGAGAGUGAAGCCCGCUUUCCACUGCUAGGCAACUUACUGACAUGAUAAGCGAUGCCGACAAAGGAAAAAGUAGCUUCGGCCGAACAAAUUCGCCUAGUGGAAAACCAGCUAAGUAUUGUCAGUGUGACAUGUACUUGUUGGUCUACAAGUUGCUGCUACAAAUCAGAGUAUUAGUCAAUAGUUUUGAAGGAGUAGCACGGGUGAAUGAAGCCAUUUUUUCCAAAGUGAUUGCUUUUACAAGUUUAACUUCACCUGUAUUCUAUUUGUAGUGUUUUUCAUCCUUUAUACAGUAUCUUUUUUCCCUCUCAUAAAACCUUUUUAUUUGCAGGUCAAAUUAUUGGACGGGGAAUGCCUUAAAAAUAAGAAAGAACUCGCGGACCUGAAAGACCAUCUUGCCAAAGAGGAGCAACUGCUUGAGGAAUGUCGUCGAGACAACAUGACGGUUAAACAACGUCUCGCUGACACAGAAAACGCCAAAGAAACAGCAACGCGUGAUGUCGCCCUCCUAAAACGAAGACUCUCGGAGCUUGAUGAGGCACUGCGGGGCAAAGAGAAAGAGUUCCAGACGAGCAUCGAAACAAUCCGUAAAGCCGAACAGAAAGCGGCCGAAAAAGUUCAUAAUCUUGAAAAUCUUUUGGAGAACACAAAUCAAGACUUGAGUGAACAGAAAUUGAAGUACUCGGGUGCCGAGGGACGAAUCGCUGGCCUUGAAGCACAACUGGCUCGCACAGAAGGCGCAAAGAAUGAUGUUGAAGUGAAAUUAGCAAACCUGCACUCGACUUUGAGAAGGACGUUGGGUAUCCGGGCUGGAGGAAAUGGGUAAAUAUUAUUUUUACCAUUCCUAUCAAUGUAGUGUAAGAGUUAGCCCAAGCGAAGCUGUUGUCAGCAUUGCAACGUAUAACAAAGCCUCGAACCACUAGUGUCGUAAUGUUCACUCCAGCCCUUUCCAGUUAUAAUAAUUUUGUGUCUUGAAGAGAGUGAUAUAAUUAAAUUUUUGUUUGACUUUGAAUUGUUUAAAAUGUUUAUUACCACCUGGUAAGGUAACUACCCGUCAGGAGAGGCACGGACCAGUGUGAAUCAUCAAAACCAUCAUUUCGAAUGGCCAUUACAAGACAGUUUCUCACAAGACGGCUGGACUUGUGUCUAUAAUGUGUGAGAAAUAUUGCUCACUGCAGCAUUACUUGUAUAUUAAUCCGAACAUUAUUUCCCAAGUAAAUUGAAUCCUGGAAGGGGCGUCUUUCAAGCUUUAAAUGUCAAUAUUUUCUUUCAAAGGUCUCCAUCACCAGUACGCAGUACCAGUCCCCGUCGCAAAGGAUUCCGACGCAGCCGAGGCCCUGAUAAAAGCCCAGAGAAAGAUAUCGACGAGGCGGACUCUUCGGCUCACGAACGUUCGCUCUCGCCAGUCCGUCGUUUAUCACCAAGCAAAGCCAGCGAGAUCCUUUCAGAAAUCGAUCCAGAAACUGUCCGUGUCGCUUUGCGUGACUUCGCACAACAAUUGAAAGAUACCACGCGAGAGAAGGAAGAGGCUGAGGCAAGAAUGGGACAGCUGCAACGAGCGUUGACCGAAGUCGAAGAAGACCGAGCUCGCAUCGAAGGAAGACUGCAGGCACUUCAGAAGUCGCUCGGUGACUCUGACGAAGGUAACUGCUAACGUUUAAUUCCAUUAAGAGGAAGGGUUCGUUGUAUGCAAAUCCUUACCUUAUAUUUUUAGGUCGUCGAACACUCGACAGUCGACUGAGUAGUGCGCAGACAGCGCUGACUAUGCAAGAAGAAACAAUCCGUCGUCUGGAGCGAGACCGUAAAGCCCAGAACGAGAAGAUCGAGGCUUUAGAAGAAGGUCUGGGACAAACUGAAGAUGAUCGAAGACAACAGAAAGAAAAAGUAAUGAGAUUACAACAAAGUGAGGCGAAGAGCGAACAAGAGAAGGAGGCGAUGAGAGUUCAGAUUGAAAAUGCUGAGUCAAGGAUUACGAAAAUUGAGUUGAAGAAACGGUCUCUUGAAGGUAUGGCUUUUAAUAAAUUCAGGUAGUUCCAACCACUUAUCCCUGAAACGGAGAAACAGCCUGCAAUGUCUGAUAAUAUUAAGCCCUGGAGGGUGAAGGCUCUGUUAGGCUAUAUUGUUCGCUAGGAUAUGGGUAUCCUCACGACAAAUAGGUCGCCUGCAUAUGGGAAAGCAUACAUGUAGCACAGACAUCUGCUUUAUUUGUGUCAAUUUUCAAACCAACAAAUUGGCAGAAAUUCUGGAAGAGUGAGAGCUGUUACCCGUCACAACAAAGAACUGUUAAGCAUAUGCUAGAUUAUUAGAGAUCGUUCUAUAAACUAGCAUCCGUUUAGGCCCUGAGAGUCUCUUACCCUGUGUGGUAGCUCUUGAAAGGAUGACCACAACAGUGCAUCCCUCUAUUACAGGGGGUAUCUUGACAGACAACUUUGUAGGCAGGGGUCAUCAUAUCUUUCUUUAGUUCUAAGGAAACUGGAGACAAUCUUAGGACUUAUGGGUCACAUAUUAUGGAUAUCAUUAAGCCUAAUAUCACAGUCCAUCUCUCAUUCUAUUCCAGGGGAUGUUUCUCGCCUUCGUGUGCAAGCUACCGAAAGUGACGCUGAAAAACAAGCCAUGAGGGAACGUAUUGACAACCUGCUCAGAUCACAACAAGACCUGGAAUCGAAGACAACCUCUCUUCAACUCACUGUAGACCGACUCACGCUUGCUCUCGCAAAAACGGAAGAAGAGGAAAACAGUUUCCGGGAAAGAGUCUCAGAACUUUCGGUCUCACUCAACGAUAGUAACACGACGACUCAGGGUCUACAAGACCGCAUACAGCAGCUACAACGGGCGUUAACAAACAGUGAACAUGAUCGUAAGAUAAUGCAGGAAAGGAUGCAAGCACUCAAGGCUGCUCAACAGGAUGGUAAAAACAGGAAUCAUAUGAUGGCUGAAAGGAUUCAGCAACUACAAAAUGAAGAGGCAGAAUCUGAGGUAAUUUUGUAUAAUUCAUAUUCACUUUUUCUUAAGUUUUAUUCCCACGUUUACUUUGUUUUAACACAUGUUUGGAUUCCAUUCGGAGACCACAAGUUUCGUCCUGCCUCUUGCGGUGCCACUCGCUGCCAAAGUAUUAUUGACUUAGCUUUGUUCAUUUUGUUCCAGGUCAAACGUGAAGAACUGGAAGGUCAGAUACGGCAGUUGCAACAAAUGAUUCAACAACAGAAAGAAGGCGAGGAAGAACUUGUCAAUCGUAUUGGCAAACUACAGGAUGAAAAACGGAUGUUACAGGAUCGCGUAGCUAACCUACAGAAGACCUUGGCACAGGCUGAGCAAGACAAACGAGAAUUAGAACGGGCUCAGAUCCGAGUUGAGAAAGAUAAGAAAGCCUUGAAAACCACUUUGGAAAAGGUACACUAGCUCGUUUAAGCAUUGUAUUGGAGAUAGCAUCCACUCUUAUCCCAUUGCAGAAACUGGAGAUAAACACAGCUUAUAUUUGUGUUUCCCAUUUGUUUCCACUUUUGUACAUAUAAUUUGUAAUAAUUUUUAGGUUGAACGUGAACGUCUUGCGACCGACGAAAAACUUUCUCGUUCCGAGAAAGAGAGAAAUGAAGCGGAAAGAUCAUUUGGCUCUUUAGAGAAAGAAAGUCAAGACAUGUUUGGCCAAAUUGAAGACUUGCAAAAUCGAUUGGCUGAGACGGAAGAAAAAGCUGAGCGAAAGUAAGAUUUUUUAAUGGAAAUGCAAUGGUAGAAUAUAUGUACAUACCCUGUGUCUAGUAUGACGCAUUUUCUGGCUAAUAAACUGCAUAACACAAGUGCAAGGACAGGAACAACAUUGGAAAAUUUCGCGUAAUGUAAAGUUUACUGUUCACGGCUAAAAUAAUAACGGCUCGUUCUUAAUACAUGUAUUCUUUCCAAUGAUUGUUUCCCGUGGGAUACAAUCUACACAAUACACAUUACACACCACCGGUACGGUACGUCUCUGUGUACAUUCCGUACCGCUUGAAAAGACGUCCUCAUACUUUUAAAAACAGUAAUUGAUCUUGAAUUAUGAUCUUUGUACUUUGAUGUUUUUCUUAUCAUAAGAGUUUUGGAAAUCACUGCAAGUCAUCGACAAGAGAUCGAGUCUGAAAGUGACCGUUCAAGAGCAUGGCAGACCCAGAUGGAGAAAACCGCGCAAGCCCGAGAACGAGCGUACAAGCAGAAGACAAAAGGUCUUGAAGAACAGGUAUAUGUGAUUUAGAUUGACUCUAAGGGGGUGCACAUGUUGGCAAAAUCCUGCGAGUAUAUUCUUGCGCAAUGCCAAUUGGUCAGAGGUCACAUAAUGUAUAUCGAACUUUAUUUACAGUCUGUGUGUGAUGCAACUACUUGAAAAAUAAAACAUUUUUCAUAAUUUAUUCCACCCGUUUGCAGGUUGCUACAUUAAAGGAUCAGCUAGGCCGCGAACUUCAGAAGAAGCAACAAUACAUCAAGCGUACCGCUGCCAAGAACGAAGAAACAAAAGAUUUACGUAAUCAGCUCGGAGAAUCCUUGGUACGCGUGUCACGUGACACGGCUUAUGAGCCUGCAGUCCUUGAUGAGGAAACCCGGCGGUUGGACGAAUCUCUGGAGUACAGAACUGGAUAUAGCAGUCGCUCACCAACUCGGAGAACCAAGUCAACUGGUUCACCUACAGCGGUUAACCUUAGCAAAUACAGCACAAGUACACCUAGUGGGUCAAGCCACCCUGUGUCAGCCGGGGGCAGAAGAGUCGUAGGAAGUACGCCAAGUUCUGUCAGCCCCCUUCGGAAAACUGGCCGUAAGCCAACGAGGUAGAAAACUAUAGCGGAAUCUUCUUAGUUCUUUUUAUUUGAAAGAUAGUGCAGUUUAUACUGGUAGAUAGAUACCCUGGUUCUCUUUUAAAACGAUAAGUGCGGAAAUAGCAUGAACACAGCUUUUGAAAGCAGUUGAACUGAAAGGAUUUGGGAGCUUUGCAGUUCUCACUUGAGUAGAGGAUUGUUAAUUGAUUCAGGAUAUUGCUCCCCUUUCACAUUGAUAAAGAACCCUGGCUAUAUCCAGUCUUUUUAACCUAUUACUCGGCGAUUAUCAGAAUAUAUUACUUCAAUUGUUUUGUUUUGUGGACUGAAUAUCACGUUUAAUUUUUCAAUCUGCUUGAAGUUCCAGGCAGUGGUUCCAGGCAUCGAAAGUUUUGCCAAUACGGGUUUCCACAGAACAAAACAAUAAAUCAUUGUAAUUUAGUUCACCGUGCAAACAUACAACUGAGGAACUUGUGUUACUUCAGUGUCUGCCCCUAUUUUGUCGGUAAGUCGAGUUUUGCUUUAGCUGAGAAGACAAUACUCCGACAUCGUUUCAGUUCAACUAAAUAGGGAACCUAUUUUAGUUGUAUAGUGUUUGUAGUUAACUUAAUAUAAUAUAUAGCGUACGUAUAAGGAAACAUCGUUAAUUUCUAAUCAGUUUUUAAAGUGAUUUUAAUCAAACAGUAAUAUAUAUAGAUACUUUUUAUGUGAAGUAAAUUAUUUUAUUUGUCAUGACAAAGGCUUUUCCUGAAACUAGUGCACGUAAAAAUGCAAAACUGACUGCAACGUUUUCGUUCCGACGACCUAGCGUUUCUCGUUACCUGUUAUACAAUGCAUGUUUAUCACUCAUUCAUGUAUUUAUUGACCGUUCUUAUAGUUUUUACAUACAUAUAGUGUUGCAUGAUUUUUAGACAUUUGUGUUUCGAUUUUAAUUUAUUGAUGGAGUGUAGAUUGUGAUUUAUUAAAUAAAAAUCUUAUUGAU